AUGCCUCGUUCCACAAACAAAGAAAUGAUACUUGGCAUCAUGGUGGGAACUACUGGAAUCAGCUUGCUGCUUCUGUGGUACCACAAGGUUCGUAAACCAAGGACAGCAAUGGAUUUACCUAAAUUUCUUUCUCUGGGUAAUUCACUUGAUUUGAUGCCUUCGCAAGAUGAAAUGCCUAAUGGCCAAGGAACAACAGCGAUCUUUCAAGGAAGGCAACUUCAGAUAUUGGAGAAGUUAAAUGAAUUACUGACAAAUAUGGAAGAACUCAAAGAGGAAAUCAGAGUUCUUAAAGGAACCAUUCCAAAGCUGGAGGAAUAUAUCCAAGGCGAACUUGGAGGGAAGACAACUGUUCACAAGAUAAGUCCUCAGCACAGAGCUAGAAAAAGAAGGCUUGUCACAGUUCAAAGUUCAGCAACAAGUAAUAGUUCAGAGGAAGCGGAAAGUGAAGGAGGGUAUAUUACAGCUAAUACUGAUACCGAAGAACAAAGUUUUCCACUCCCUAAGGCAUUUAACACUCAUGUAGAGGAAUUAAAUUUAGAUGCCCUUAUUCAGAUGGCUGACAAUUUACGUAUGAAUGAGUCCAGAAAAAUGGAGAGUUUUGAACUACUUUGUGACCACAAAGAAAAGUUUAGAGAUGAAAUAGAGUUUAUUUGGCGGUUUGCUCGUGCUUAUGGAGACAUGUAUGAGCUAUCUACAAAUGCACAAGAAAAGAAGCAUUAUGCUAAUAUUGGUAGUAAGUGCCUGGCAAAGGUGAUGGCAAAGAACCCUGGAGCUGAGACAUUGGAGACUGGAGUUGACGGGCAUCAGCACCCAGUACAAGGGAGGAAGAGUGCUGUUAUUGCUCAUAACAGUAUAUUUGAACUCGUGUGCCGAGGGAAGACUGGAUCACUGAAGAGUACAGAAUUCUUUCCUAAACCUCCAACUGGGGUAUACAAUUAUGCAGUACAUCUGUGCACGUAUGCGGUUUUGUGUGGCUAUGUAUCCGAGUUUGAGGGCUUACAAAACAAAAUUAGCUAUGGAUAUCGCUUCAAGGAGCAUCUAGAUAAAGCAAUCGAAUUUUUACCUGAAGAACCCUUUUUGUAUUACCUCAAGGGAAGAUACUGUUACACUGUCUCCAAACUGAGCUGGAUUGAGAAAAAAAUGGCUGCUACUCUGUUUGGAAAAAUACCAUCCGCAACUGUACAAGAAGCUUUGCAAAAUUUCCUUAAGGUCGAAGAACUACAGCCUGGGUUUUCUAAGUCCAAUUACAUGUUCUUGGCCAAGUGUUACAUUGACCUUGAACAAACAGAUACUGCUGUGAAGUUCUGUAAUAUGGCAGUGCUGCUUCCUUGUGUUACCAAAGAGGAUAAAGAUGCACAGAAAGAGGUGAGAAAAAUAAACACUUCCUUGAAGAGAUUGAGAAAGUGCUGCCAUCCUUCUCUGACCAUCGAGGGGACUGGAACAAAGGUUAGAUUUGCUGGAGGUCACAUACCUAGUUCAUGA